AUGGAGGCGGAACAGAUCUAUCCUGUGUAAAAACGUCCCCAUGCCAUAGUUGUCAUGCAAGUCUGCAUGCCUAAGAAGUUUCUCAUGCGCAGCCACCUGACAGGCAUUUUCUGAUGCUUUCUGGGUGGAGUUUUUGUUUUUCAUGCUAGAACAAUCAGGAUGAGAGUGUCGAUUUCUCAUGCUGCUGCUCUAGCUACACAGGGACAGGAUUACUACACUGCGAGUCCAAAGAACUUGUGGCGGGCCGCAGCCAAACCCAAGCCGUGCUGAUUUGUGUUGCAAAAUUCCCAUCUUCACGCUGGGGUGGCGACGUUUUUGCGCAGAAUAAGAUCGACUCGGAGAUCAACCAGCUGAUGUCAGUGCUGUCCGACAGUCUGGCGAAACUGAGCGUCAACGACAUCGAGGAUGAAAACGAAAACUCCGCCGGCUUUUCGCACGAGGGGGGCAAAAAGGAACACGACGACCGAGGACAUAGUGACAGCAAAGGGAACCCGAACAUGAUCGCCAUGAAAAGCGGGUCUGCGGGUGCGGGCGAGACGGCGGGGCGGGCGGCAGAUUUUUGUGCGUCGGCCGCCAACAUGGUGGGGGUGGUCGAUGCAGAAGGCCUGAGUGCUGCGGGCGGGGACGAUGGUAAGGAUGUACAAGUGCUGUUACUUGUGCAAUGAAAAACGUUUAAAAACAGUCUUCCCAUUGCCGGGGCCAGUGUCCGUGUAAAAUGAUACAUUACCCAAACAUUUCCUUAUGAUCCUUUUUCAAAAUGCAUGGCCUACCAGUUUUGUUUCCUCGAAGUUGUUGCACCACGAUGAAUCAAUUUAUCAACACAGCGAUGUCCGGUAUCACGAAUCAGUUUGAAGGCGGUGCUGGUAUCCUCCUGAAUAACAACGUCUGUGUCAUGGCAUAGUUCUUUUUAUCAAUCUCUUUGCAUCCAUCGUAAAAGCUGUACGUGUACUGCAUAUAGUACAUAGCCUGUGAGAUCAUGACCACGAACAAUUCCCAAGGACUUUUUUCUCCACCACCAGAGUUCUGUGCCUUGACACUUUUUUCUUUUCCCCGGGAUACUAUAAGGGCAGCAAGAAGCUAGUACGCAGAUUUCCAGAAAAUUUAUUGCCGCGUCCUCGACGCCGACCGUGAUGGGACGUGGUCGGGGAGCUGCUGCAGUAAAUGGGGAACAGCAGCAGCAGAAGAUGAUCAACAACACGACUGGAACAACUUCUAUGAACCACAGUACUCUUGCCGGUGGUCGGGAAGCGCAGAAUUGUUCUCCGCACAACGACGACGUCGAGGACACCGAACAGGACCACUUUUUCCAGCACGAAGAAGAAGAAGAAGAGCACGCGCGCCACCAGUUUGAUGAAAGCAAAAGCACCUUCAUCUUGAAGCCCAUGGUCGACGAAAAGGACACCGAGGCGUGCGCGCGCAAGAUUCAGGAGCUGUACGCCAAGCGCUACAAGUUGCACGAAAUGUUCAUGGGCGGCGCGCCGGAGUAUGGGGUGGUGUUCCGGCUAAAGAUAUGCAAGAAAAAAAUUGUGUUUGUGUAAGUGUAAAUUUGUGUUGCAGAACAUGCAACAGAGUUACACCUGUCAUGCCAGACAGCCAUGAAGUCCUCUUUUCAUGUGUGUUUUCCCUUACAAGCCACGCAUGACAGGUUUUCUCUGUCAUGUAGAGCAAAUUUGUGAUGCUGUUUCUCAAAGAGAGUUACACUUACACACUUUUUUUCAUGGAUAAAAGAUCCUGACGAAGGCGGAACAGCGGAUUCAGAACGCCGAGCGUUUGUUUCGCGACGUGCAGAAAAAGCUCAAGCAGCAGAAGGAACAGCAGAUGAUGGGAAAGAGAAAUUCCUCGUCGUCCGUAGCUCCGGGAAGCUCCGGCUGUUCGGGAGUAUUUUUUCCGUGUGAGAGCUACAACGAUUCUACCUGUUACAACCAAAGCUGCCAGAUGAUGCAGACCGUGCCAGAGCAGGCCUACCACCAGUCGGCGCCCGCCCAGGCGGGAUCUUCCCCUAUCCCCGAGCCCAGGAGUUCCAGACGAAGCUCGGUGUAAAGGAGGACAGGAUAGUAGAUCAAACGCUACAGAGAAAAUGAAAACCACAGGAAUAAGGCAGCGAUAUUGAUAUUAUGGUGGAGAGUUCUUUAUAGCUUCAUUCGGAUUUAGUUCAUUCCACCGCGAGAAGGUUUUCGUCGGCGAAUCUGAAUCCGCAGGUAGAAAUGUAGCUAGAAGUUCUUUAUUCGCAGGAAAGGCAAAAAUGUUACAUCCAUCGCCCCUCGGCGAUGAAGGAUUUGCUUCAUCUUGAAUCUGUUUAAUCCAGAUCAGUAAAGUAUUUAUUGAUUAGUACCUAGUUGUAGUACAAACCGCUGUGGUUUUUCCAGGUACUGGCGGAAUGUUUGUGCUGUCAUGUAACAAAAGUUGUACUUACGUAUCAUGUAACAAAAGUUGUAUCCACCUUACGCUAGUAACCGAGCCAAACUCGAAAUAUUCUUCCUACCCCACGAGAAAGAAACACCUCUGAAGUUGUAGAGGGCGACCACGAAACGCACUGGCAAGCAGGGCGAGAUAAAUUUGAGCUCUCAGCCGAAUCUUGGCGUAGUGGUAUUUAUUAUGUGCUUUUAGUACUCAACAUGAUCUACUACACCCCUGUUAUUCAUAUCCUGUUUGGUACGAAGGAGCUAUCGAAAAAAAGUAGUUGUAGAUAACUCCAGAAUGCCCCCAGCUUCAUUUUUCCCUCAGAGUUCAGCGGCCAGUCGUUGUCUCAUAGAGCUGCAGCUGCCCCAAGAAAUCAACGGAAAGUUAUAAGUGUAACGGAAAGUGGAUAUCGGCAGCAGCAGCGUCAGCAAUCAGCUGGCACUAGAGGAGCGACGUAGAAGCAUGUCGCCAGAAGCCGGCAAACAGGACCGCCACCAAUCGAUCGCCCCGGAUUUAUUUUAGCGUCUCAAGAAGAUCAUGAAGAAAGGUAGUAGUCACGACCUCGCCCUUAUCGCAGGAGCAACAAAAAGCUGUUAUUCAUUAUGAGUAUCAUUUUAUCGCUUUUUAUUCAAUGAAUGACACGUGAAAUCAAGCAAUGAGAAUGACUGGAUCGGAGUCAACGCCUCCCGAAGGAGCUCCACGGAGUUGGUCCGGAAGCUACUUCGGGAGAUUGAGAACUGUUUUUGAACCAGAACGGUACGCGCUGAGGCCCAGAAUUAUUUGCACUAGCAUCGUGAUUGGGGUCAGACCUUGCGUAUAUACCCGGGCGUGGUACCCUCGUGAAACGCCUUUUUUUACGCUGGUCAAACUUAGCGAAUUCAUUGGCGAACGCGCGCCAUACCAUGCGGCUUCGCAGUUCGUGGCGAGACGGAUUUCCCUUGGUCUCUCUUUGCUGAUCUUCAUCGUUUUCCAGGAUCCCGGAAUUUUCGGCUUCCGAGAUUUCCCGGGAACUUGUGCAACUCGUGCAACUUUUGCACGUUUUUGUUGCGAAUCACGAGGGUACGGCCGAGUUGCACGGCGAGUUGCACGGUGCAACUCGCCGUGCAACUAUCACAAUAAUUCGCGCCGAACCAGGAGAGUACGGGCCUUUCGAGAUGUCCCGGAAACCUGCGCAACUCGUGCAACUUUUGCACGUUUUGCGUUGCGAAUCGCGAUGGUAUGGCCCGAGUUGCACGGCAGGUUGAACGGUGCAACUCGCUGUGCAACUAGCCCUACACUUUGCGCCGAACCAGGGCGGUAUGGGCCGUGUUUCGAUUCGACUUGUGCUAAUCGCUCAACUUCGGCAGUUUUGUUGUGCGAACCACGGCGCGCCCGCUUUCCCAACUUCCACGCGGGACCGCGCUGGCGCAUGUGGGCAGUAUUACCAGCGCGCGCACGCUGGCUGCUGCGCAUGUGGGGGAUGUGUCCACUGUGUCGCGCUGAGAAUGGGCAUGCGCAUGUCGGCUGUGUCUCCUCUUCGGUUGGUUGUUGUUGGUUGUCAAUUGGGUUACCGUUCUGACGUAUUGGCAACCAACUUGAAAACUGGCGCACUGCCAACGAGACAACUUGACAACCAACCCACAACCAGCACCGCCGUCGCGAACGUCCUCGGCACGCCCGCCCGAGUAUCACGGCUCCGCUUCCGGGAAUGUGAUGGCGCGCGCGGGCAGUAUUGCCGCUGCGCCUCUCUUUCCCUUCGGCCCGCGCCACAGCACUACUGUUGGGGGCGCUUUGAGGCCCGUCCGCCGCCGCCGCGCGCGGGCGCCCCAGUGUGGUGGGCCUUGUUCCCCGCCGCUCUGCAUUACGGCUCGGGCCCUGCGGUUGCGGCCCCUCGGGCGGACGAGCGGACCACCCCCAGAACAGUCACCAACGAGGGGACCGGCCAGGCGCCCAACAGAAGCAAGCGGCGCAAUGGUUCGGUCCGUGGUGAGGCCCGGGGGCACAAUAGCUGUGAUCAACAAAAGCCCCGCACUGGUUAUGUCCGUGAUGAGGCCCGCGGGCACAAUAGCUGAAGUUCCCCCCCCUCCCAAACAAGAUGGCAAACCAGCGGGCCACCCACAACACCCCCCCCCGCCCAACGAACCACCAAUGCGGGCGGCCCGGAAGCCAGGCGCACCACACGUGGGCGGCUCCCUGCCUGCCCGCGGCCAAAAGCGGGCGGAGUAGGCCAGCAAGGCAACCGGCCCUAAGCCCCAAAGGCUAGGGCAGGCCGCCUCUUUUCCCCAAAACUGAAACCAUCCAAACGGGCGUGACGGUGGGGCCUCCCCAAGCUUUCCCCUUCCCGGGAGUCAGGUAACUACGAAGGCGGAGGCCCAUUCCGGACCUGUUAGGGCGGGAGUGGGGGCCCCCUUCGAGUGGGGGCGGCAGGGAGGUGGGGCCCCCUUGUGGGCAAAGAGGGCCGCGGGGGCCGGGGCCCCCCUCCAGGCGCGGUACCCAGCGGCCGGGAGGGCGGGAGCCGGGGGGCCCCCCCUGCAGGCGCGAUACCCAGCGGGUGCGCGGGGGGGGGCGGGCAAGGAGGCGGGGGCCCCCUGCGCGUGGCCAGUGAAAGAGGGAGGCCGGCGGGGGCCCCCCUGCGGGCGGGCCGGGAGGCGGGGGCCCCCCUGUGGGGAGGAUACCCAGCAGGCGGGAGGGCGGGAGCCGGGGACGGGGGCCCCCCUGUGGGGAGGAUACCCAGCGGGCGAAAGGAAGGGAGGCGGGGGCCCCCUGUUUUCCCCGACGGUAUGCUCGACGCAAAAAUAGCAACCUUCAGCGUGCCGCCGUGUUAAAAAGUCUGGGCCUCAGCGCGUACCGGUCUCUUUUGAAAACCUAUGAUGCUUACAAAUGAUGGUCCUAUGAUUCGAGAGCCCGUAACUGCUGAUGGAAACUAU